AUGUUCGAAUUGCGGCAAGAAAUUUUAAUGUCGACUGGAAGUGUUUCUCAUUCGCCGAAUAAUUUAUCAGUUUUCUUUCAUGAAGCUAAAGAUCUAACGCUUGCUUGUGUGGUACAUGAAAAUCAGAUUGCGACAUUAAACUGGGAUCAAGGCCUGAAUAGUUUUACAUGUGAUAAUCUGCCAAUCAAAGCUAAUGAUUCCGACACACCCCUUAUUGUACUACAAGCGAAAUACUGCAUGCCAGUUUGCAGAACAUUCCCUCUUUUGGUUAUCACUACUUCCAAAGGAGUAAUGGUUUACGAUGUGAAAACUUUCAAAUUACUUGCAUGGAACGAAAUGAAUGAUACUUCAGAACCAACAAGACGUGAGCAAACAUACAGCUUUACAAAGGGAAUUACUUAUGUGGAAAACUUAAUCGCUGUUGGAUCGCAUUCGGGAGAAUUGCUGGUAUUUAGGUGUUCAGGCGAGAAUUCUGUAACUUUCAAAAGAAGUGUCCAGGAGCACGAUUUUGCAAUAGCGGACGUAGCUACUUGUCGUUUUGAUGAUUUAACAUGCUCUUGUGAUGUCUUGGGUAAUAUAGCUGUUUGGGUCAAAAAUUUCAAAAGUGCUCGGAAAAAAUUUAGCACUGGGCAUGAAAUAAACUGCAUCAAUGUGCUGAGAAAGCAAGUCAUUAUUGGUACUUUCGCUGGUCAGUUAUUAUUUUAUUCGACGUUGAGUGGACAGUUAAUGGCCGAAGUGAAUGCACAUGUCCGUCAAAUAAAUGCAAUUGCUGUAGCUCCGGAAAGUGCUCAUGUUAUAUCGGUCAGCGAUGAUACAAUGAUACGCUUAUGGAAGUUGCAUACUCGUAAGGCUAAAGCUUAUAGGGUUGAGUGGCAAUAUAACAGAAGAGUUGAAAACAUGCCGCUUGUGGGCGCGCAGUUUGUCAAUGGUCGAGGAAGUGGUUUUGUUGUAGCAGCUUAUGAUUAUUCCAAAUUACUUUAUUAUCAGACAACGAAAAAGUUGUCCGAGGGAUAGAUGGACUGAAUCAAUAUUUUGAUAGCG